AUGUCUAACAACAUAAACCAUAUCUCCAUCUUUGACAUCCCUGCGCUCCUCGACUCUAUAUGCGAUAAUCUCUCCAGGAACCAAGUAGCCGCCUGUCUCCAGGUGUCACGAUCCUGGCAUGACCUCUUUCUUCCCCUGAUCAGCCGUUUCGUCAAGGUCGACUACGUGAGCGACGGCCAAGCCAAAGUCCAAUCCAUCCUCGAUCGUGCCGCCGUCAUCCGUUCGCUCGAGAUCAACCUUUCUGACGGCGUAUUGUUUCUCGACAGACGCGUGGUCUGUACCAACCUGCGACGACUCUACUGCCUCGACUCCUAUGAUUUCGAUUCCUCUCCCGAAUCUGAAUUUUCUGACUUCCCGAACACCACAAACCCGAUGGCACUUGUCUGCAAAAAUCCCCAGUUGGAAAUGCUGCAUUUCCAGCACCGUAGAGAAGCAGUUUCAACAAAGCAUUUCACGCUAUCCAUACUAGAGUCACUCUUGUUCCACUCAUCGCUGACGCAGAUCAAGGUCAGGAUAGUCGAGUAUGAGAUCGCGUUCUUGCACACGCUCGUACAACACCUUCCAUCCACUCUUCGAGAUCUAGAGUGUUCUGGAUGGAGAUGCAACGUCUCGCCGUCGAUCGUGCAGGAGCUGCCAUUGCUUGACUGGCCUUCGACGUCACUCCGGAAACUGUGUCUCCAUUCGACCAGCUGGUACCCCUUUGAGGAACAAGGAUCGUCGAUGUUUUGGUCAUCUCUUUUCUUCGACAGAGGCUACCUUCCUGAAUCGGUUGUCGUCCCCCUUGUGGCCAAGUGUCCGCUGCUUCAAGAGUUCACCAUUGGAGAUUACAAGGGUGACCCUCAAGUCGUGCUACAGGCGCUGACGGAUUCCUGUCCUGACCUGGAGAUUGUCAACCUUCAUGGGUGCGACUAUGUGCCACUUCCACUCGACCCUCCAGAGGCAACAACAACAGCAGUCCCUGGAAGUUCUCCCUUGAGGGGUCGCCUCGCAAAGCUCCGAGAGUUUCGAAUGCAUAUCUGGAACCAAAACCGAACGCAGGACGAGUACCAGAAUCUGGCCGACUGGAUCCUCCGCUCGGCUUCAACUCUUGAGGUCAUCAAGUUCGAGAUGAAUGACUAUCAAUGGAACUCGAUCCAAUAUCCGUGGUCUUUGCAACACGUCACCAAUGCGGACUUGUUGGAUUCUUGUGCAUGGAGCGACUGUAGUCGGUUGAGAAAGUUCAGGGUCAGGAUGAGGCAGUACCACACUAUUAUUUGCUGUCUCAACUGCGACGGCGAAGUCGAUGUUAGGCCUCCAGAGUGUCUCCCCAGAGCUCUACUUGAGGAUCUUGUCCGGCCUUCCGAAUGGCAGUGCACAGAGCUGGAGUCACUCGACUUGUUGGUCAGAGAUGCACCAUCACCAGUGUCUGCCAACGUCGAGAUCGCGCUCGCCCAGGAAAACGAGGAGCCGAUCCCGCUGACUCCAGUCGAGACUGAGCGAAUGCGACAGAAGUUUGCUUGUGAAAUUGGACAGCUCUUUUGGAGGCUCAAGUCUCUUCCAAAGCUGUCAGUCAUCAAGCUGAAAUGGGAUUUGUCCGAAGCUGUGACGACUGUGGCAUUGGAGGAUCUAUUGGACAUGAUCAACAAGGACAUACUGGAGGCCGAGGACGAGGACGAGAGGAGCGGUGAGAGUUGGGAUGAAGGUGAGGAUGAGCGCGAGGAUGAGCGCGAGGACAUAUCAACAGCCGAGGUAGAUAUCGUGGCGGAAGCGACUGGACCGAGGAAGGUGAAGUAUGAGGAUUUGGCAUGGCUAGGCUUGGGAUCCGUGUUUUGGACCCGCCGCGAAUAUGAGUUCAACGCAGCAGAAAAUUCGUCUCGUGAGCACCCGCCUCAUGAGUUUGAUCAUCCAGAACACCCUAUCCAUCGGCGCGUCGGACAUGGCUGGAGAGAUUGGGAUGUCGUUGCUGGCAGAGAUGGCGAUGAUAACUCCGAGUGCGAUUACAUGGAGGACCCUAUCGUGUCGAGGACACAGUUCGAGGUGAUGACAAAAACAUUUGAGGGCGCCAAUGGGUUCUGGGGGAGACGGGCAAGGGUGAAGAAGGGUGGCCGUCAGGGCGAGUGUCUGAGUCAGCAAGCGACGCGCUUGGAACGCAAGAAAAAAUAA